GGCUUUUUUACCAAUCAUAUCCAGCGAUGCUUGGCUGUAUAUAAAAGACGAUUUGCCAGAAGACAAGUCACUCUUGAGUUGUGCUUCUUGAAGACACACCAACGCACGAGCCCACCUAGUGACCUACUUCGUUUGUCGCUGAGAUCUUCUUACGAGUGCCUUACAGAACCAUGGCUGCUACCGUUUCCACCCAUGUGUACGGCGGACCGGUCCCGUCCUUCCCCACCCCGGCGUCCUGGACGGUGUACUCCCCGGCUUACGGUCUGCCCUCUCCCGACUGGACCCCGUCACACGCACCGGUGGAGGUCAGAACACGGUCUCCCGUGUCGACUGCCACGAGACACGCCAGCCCUCCUCUGAAGGCGACUCCGGAACCCUCCCGCCGGUCCUCCGGGUUCAGCUUCGCCUCCAUGCCGAGCGACAUCGCCAAGGAGAACGAGAAGAGAUCCCCGGCAGCGGACUUCCCCGCGUCCGUGGUCAGCACUGCGUCUCCCGGCGUGCCGUACAGCGUGGACGUCACGUUCAGCGCACCGUUCAACUGGUACAGCCCGGCGGGGAAGGUGGCCGCGGCGCCCCGCAGCCUGUACCGAGUCAGCCCGUACUCCAGACCUGCAGCACCGACAACUUCCGCUAGGUUCCCGUGCGACAUCUGCGGCAAGGUGUACGCCAGUCGCCACGCCCUCAGCGGCCACGUCGGCGGAGCUCACCGUCAAGACGGCGACGCCGGCGACCGACAACACGAGUGCAAAGAGUGCGGCAAGACCUUCAACAAGUCGUCCACCCUAGCGGCCCACCAGCGCGUCCACACCGGCGAGAGGCCGUACAUCUGCCCGAUCUGCAACCGCGGGUUCUCCCAACGCUCGUCCCUGGUGCCGCACCUGCGGACGCACAGCGGGGAGAAGCCGUACAGGUGCACCUUCUGUCCUCGGGCCUUCGCCGACGCCUCCACCCUGGUCAAGCACGUCCGCACGCACACCAACGAGAAGCCCUACAAGUGUGAGGUCUGCGGUAUCGGCUUCACCCAGUCAGGAAACCUCAAGCGUCAUCAGAGGGUGCACGUCAAGAAGGAGGACGCGCAGCAGUAGUGUGUACUUUUGGAGGACUUGAAAGCAGCGGAGAGAUUGUGUAACUAGGAGUUACUAUUAUAUGUUGCUAUGUACUAGUAUUAUGAUAUUUAUGCCUGGAAGUAUAAUAUUGGAAUUCUGUGACUAGGCUGGACCAAGGACG